UGUAAAAAACACGUUAAUCUAAUCCCUAAACGCAAACACGUUAAGCUCUAACCCUCAUAAACAAACCCCCCAAAAUGCCCCAUUUUAACUUUUUAACAUUAACGAUUUAUUUUAACUUAAAACAAUUCUAUCAACUUUUAUAAAAAUUUGUUAAAAUUUCUAUGGGAUAAUCAUUGAUAACUUCAGUUUUAUUUUUAUCCGAAUGGUUUUUAUAGCGUAAACAAAUACUUUAAUUCAUAAUGUCUAGUCGUCGCCGUCCAACGAUACGUCAAACUGAGGCCUCUGAGCUUGCAGAGUCUGUAGAACCGGUCGCGAGACAGACUCAACGUGGCACUAGACGUCCCGAAGCACCUGUGGAGCCUGAGUCUCGGUUACAAGUGGAAACUUCCCGGCGCGGUCCUGGGCGUCUUCGCGGUGGAAGCCCUCAGAGCGCCGUGACGAACGAGGCCUUAACAAAUGACGCGAAUUUUGAGCUGGAAAAUCCAGACAUGUCUCUAGUGCCUGGGCGCGUCGUACCCCAGGACGACGCAAUAUUAGAGGUAGACGAGUCAUUGGAGAUGGACGCUGCUAGAAUUGAGGAUAUGCUCGACUUUGACAUACCCAAGUUGUCACGCCGGUCUGACUCCAUGUAUGAUGUCCUAUCAUCUAUAGAUGGCAACCAGCCAAGUGCGGAAGACCUUUCAAUGCUUAAAGCCACUAGAAGAGGAUAUAACCAAGCCCGUCUCCCUUUUGCCGAUGUCAGCAGCUUUCUAAUCAGACCUAUAAACAUCCCCGAGGACUUCGAUUUAGGAGUACGAGCCAAGGUACAAGUAGCAAUCUGCUCUGGAAACAUCAUAUCACUCCUCUCUUCCAUUAUAGACGUGAUGGUUGGCGAGAAGGAUCCGCUCACAAUUCUUGAGCAACUGGAUAAUUCAUUCCCGGUCUCAUUCGACCCAUAUUCUCAGAAGAACGGUGACACAGAGCAACUUCUGGAUCUAGCGUUUCGUAUUCGAUUUCGCCACGUAGUUGAACUACUGGCCGGUAAAUCUUCUGCUGACCCCCGCGAACUAGCUACCGGCGUGUUCUAUAUUCAGUCCUCAGACGCUUCCAACGCCUCCCAGGAGCUGACCGACCAAGGACAAUAUAAACCUUUGGCCGGGAUCGAUAUUAAUGGGAACCACCACAUUUUCGAGAGUUACCGAGCCCGCAUCGAGGAGAUUCUCUCAAUGCUUUUUUCCGACGACAGAUCCGAAGUGGAAUCGCGUCUGGAUCAAGACUGUCCAAAGGAAGAGCUCUUUAGGGAUCUCAGAUCAUGGGGCCUAGAUACGUAUAGACAACUUCAUGUGCCGGCGGAUCAAAAGAAGCCGCGUGCCGCCAAAACAGGCCAAGAAGAAGAUACGUACAAAGUAUCAGGACGUGGGGAAUCGGAGUCUCUUUUUGUCGAGAACAACGAAGAGGCCAGAGAGGAUUCAGAUCCAGAAUCAGAUACGGAUGCUACAGAAUACGAUCAACUGCCAACACAGGAAUCUAAUCAAAAUUUCAUCGAUAGUUAUGCCACCCUAGCCGCCGUGAGAAAAAGCGAGAACCAACACAUACUACGUUCGGUAUCGGCACGACCUUCUAAUGAAGACGCUGUAGAAGAGAACAGUGAAAUAUUGGACGUUGGGGACGCAAUCCGUCAUCUAGAUCCCAGUCGGGUAAUUGGACGUCCUAGAAAACGCCCGGCUCCUGGUGAAGAUGGCGAAGAUGGUGGAGAUGGUGGAGACGAUGAUGACUUUGAAGUGAACGUGCACCUUCUCGAUGAAUCUAGGCGACCUCGUAACGAAUAUACAGCUGUUCGAAGACCGCCUUUUAAACGCCUCCGAAUCUCAGAACCAUCCGAAGUUGCCCACUACGGGCAGGGCACCCGAGAACGGUCAGGGAGCGACAUAUCAGAGGAACUUAGUUUACAAGGACGGGACCUUCUCAGGCUAAGCCAGGAAGCCCAGCAUAUUCGACGUGGGACUUACGCGCCAAGGCCCCGGCAGAUUCGCGUACCUUGGUCCGCAUCUGAUACUUCCCAACUCUUAGAUCUGAUCGCUGAUCCGUCAAUCAAUUGUUCGUGGAGUACCAUAGCCAGGUUAGGUAAUUUCGAACAUCCAAGGAACCAGCAACAAGUACGUGACAAGGCUCGUAGUCUGAAAGUUUUGUAUCUGGAGUGUGACAAAGUUCUGCCACCGGGUUUUGAUAAGGUUGUUCUAGGGCAGAAGGAAAAAGCAGCGGUCAUCAAGUGUUAUAGGAACCCUGAUCGACGAGAAUACGACAUGGAUGAAGAGGGAAUUACGAAUAAUAUGUGGGUUGAUUGAGGCUAUGGGGCGACCUAUUAUAGUAUUAUUUCCUGGGAGUGCCCUUUUUAUUUUCCUUCUUUUGUUAUCCUCUCGCCAUUGUAUAGGUAUGUUUACGAAUAGAUACCCCGUUAGACUAGCUCUGGCUUGUACAAUUAGUAACAAGGAAUUUAUUAACCCUUCUACCUUUCUGCCCUUUCUGCCCUUCUGCCCUUUUAAUACUUCGCGAUAACUCCAGAAACCCCCCAGUUACCUCUUAGUCGAGCUCCACCAUCCUGUCUCAUG